AUGGUGUUCCAACGGUCUGGUGAAUCUUUAAAAGACUAUAUAGAAAGGUUCAGGUGCAAAGUGAAUAAUGUGGAAAGCCCUUUCGACAAGAGUAUCCUGACUGCAAUCUCCGUCGGGCUUCGAAAGGAUGGGAAGCUCUACAAAAGCAUUUACAAGUCCCCAGUAAGAGACCUCGGCGAGUUCUAUGAGCGAGCUGCAAAGGAGGUUCGAUGGGGGGAAGCUUUCGGCUUGAAAAAAUCGAGCGACCAAAAAAAUGAGGGAGAACACACCGGCCAAAAUAAAAAGAGAGGUGACGAAGACACCAACAAAGGAGGUCGCGGGCGGAGCCCUAACGAUCAGACGGCCAAGAAGGCAAGAUAUGGGCGAGAAGUGGAACGACUUGCACGCCAAGGUCGGUAUGAAAGUUAUAGUGUCCUGUCUGACUCUCAGGACAGGAUCUUUGCCACGGAAUGCAACAAGGAAGACUUUGGAAGGCCUAACCCUCUAAGGACUCCCGACAAAUACAGAAGCAAGAGAAAACUCUGUUCCUAUCAUAAUGAGGCAGGGCACACCACCUCUGAGUGUUGGGCGCUAAAGGACGCAAUUGAAGAACUGAUCAGGAGGGGGACUUCUAACAGAUCGCACGAACGGUAUGUUCGGGAAGCCAUCCACCUUCUGCUCGUCGGGGAUGAUAGCCAUGGGGGACAUUCCAAGAAAGCUAAAAUGGCUUCAGAUGACAUCUCUUUAACCAAGAAUGAUUCCAAAGACGUGUACUGGCUGCACAACGAUGCCCUUGUGGUCCGAGCUUGGAUUGGCAAUAUGGAGGUGCGGAGGAUCAUCGUGGACACGGGUAGCUAG